AUGCAGACUGCUUCUACAAACAUUUGUGAAAGACUGUGCAAUAAGUACAUCUAUGAAAUUUCCUUGCUACUAAAUAUUCCACAGUCACCUGUUAGCGGUAUUAUAACAAAGUGGAAGCAACUGGGAACAACAUUAACUCAGCCACAAAGUGGUAGGCCACAUAAAAUGACAGAGCGGGGUCAGCUCAUGGUGAGGCGCACAGUGCGCAGAGAUCGCAAACUGUCUGCAGAGUCAAUAGCUAAAGAUCUCCAAACUUCGUAUGGCGUUCAGAUUAGCACAACAGUGCAUAGAGAGCUUCAUGAAAUGGGUUUCCAUGGCCGAGCAGCUGCAUCCAAGCCUUACAUCAAGAAGUGAAAUGCAAAGCGUCAGAUGCAGUGGCGUAAAGCACGCUGCCACUGGACUCUAG